CAAUGCACAACUUCGAUGUGCCGCGGCAGUGGUGGCAGUGCGUUGAUGAGCGUGGUGUUGGGAUAGCACCACCUCGAAUCAUGGCGCAGCCAGAGAAGGAGGCUCGGGAGGAGGGUGACGACUUGCUGGAGGCGCUGGAGGUGCGGUCGUGCACCAGCUUUGACCACAGAUCAGAGUCUGACACGGACGAUUUCAAGGACUUCUCGCCAGAGAAGACCACUGAGAAGAUCAGGGUAGUGGAUGAAGCAGAGACCCCGGAAGGAAAGGCCAGAGAUGCCAUGAAGCCAUCAGAGGCGAAGCGGCUCCUGGUGCCAAAAUCCGCCGAGGAGACAGAGGACGAGACCAAAGAGGAGUCUUGCUCUGACAAGGCCGAAGACGACCUCGCAGACAAGCUGCGCGAGACAGUGCUGCAAGCAGCAGACACCAAGCAAGCAGACACCAAGCAGGCAGACACCAAGCAGGCAGACACCAAGCAGGCCGACACCCAGCAGACUGACACCAAGCAGGCAGACACCAAGCAGGCAGACACCAAGCAGGCCGACACCAAGCAGACUGACACCAAGCAGGCUGCUACUAAGCAAGCUGACACCAAGCCAGCUGAGAUCAAGCAGGCAGAGACCAAGGUGGAGACCAAGAAACCAGUCAUGCCAGCAUUGAUGCUCUCUCGAUCCCCAAGCCCUGGUUUGGAGGCGGGAUUGGACAUGUCGGCCCUGGUGAAGUCGGAGGUUUCUGCACAAAUCGCAGCUCUGCAGGAGGAAAUGGCAGACCUCCGCGCCUCCGUGGGCAUGCUCCAGCAGCUCCGGGGCGAGGAAAAGGCCGUCGGCCAGGAGGACCUCGCGGAGAUCAGGAGUAGCGUCAAGCGGGAGCUUCACGAUGUACAGGAGGUGGUGAAUGGCGAGCUGAAAGACUUGACUAGCAGCUUCAGGGCCGAAUUCUUGCAGAUGAGCCAGAGGGUGGCUGCUUUGGAUGAAGCGAACGCACAGCUGUCGCAGACCAUCGCAGCAGUCUCGCUGGAUUCAUCCGCUGCGCGGGCCGCCUUUGAGGAGGUGCGGCCAGCCAUCUCGAACCUGGCCGGGGCGCAGAGUGCACUGGGUAGCGCGCAGCGGGAGUCCGAGAAGCAGUUGAAUGCGUGCAUUUUGCGGCAGAGAAGUGACGCUCUGGCGUUGAACGCCAGAGUGAAAGACAUGGAAUCCGGAUGGAGGGGCUUUGCCGGUUGCUUUUGCAAACGCCGACGUCCAGCUGAGACCCCCUUCAGACCGAGCGAAUUUGCGCCCAACAAGUUGGAAGCGCAGCAGAUCCCAGUAGAUUCUGAGAGGCAACGACCUGGACCCUUGAGCGACGCUGACUGAGGCGACUGAUGCAGUACCUGGGUUUGGGCUUUUUUACAGUCUCUUUGAAACAACUCCGAAAAGGGGUGCCCAAAAAGUCACGGCCCACAUUGUCGCCGGGAGCUUUACAAGCAGGUCGGGCGAUCACGCUCGGGACACUGGCCAGGUGGGCGGAGCCAAAGUUGAGUGUGGU